UCUUCGUCUUCCAGUGAUGGUUCGAUCCAUAUGACUGUUUGGGUCGGUCUGGGUUUGAAAACAGUUAUAAUCUGUGGUUCAUGGCUGUAAAUAUGCGUUGUUUUCCCCCUUGCAAUUUGGCAUGAUGCUGUGCUUUUAGUCGGUGGUUGGAAGCCAAGCGGCAAGGCCUAAUCCACUUCCACAAUUCCACUCUCCCGUGCGUGUUCGAAGCAGAAGGAAAUCCUACAGUCUCUUCCAAGUUUACGAGCAUGAUUGCUAAAGCCAAUCUCAUCUCCUGCAACUUCUCCACUUUACCAUCUCUUGCUCUCACCAAACCAAAAUCCAAAAUUCCGCUUCAAACCCCCAAACCUCAACCCAUAAUUCCUUCAUUUAAAUCAACAGCAACAUCGCUUACUGUAUUCAAACCUCUUGAUGUUAAAACCUCGUUAUCUUCGUUUCAAACCAAGGGUCGUCUCCGCAUCUGUCACAGUUCCUUGAACCGUCAGAAUUUAGAAGAUCCGGAAUUGAAGGAAGAAAGUGAGCUUGGCGGGAAUGGAAAUGGCGGGGAAGGAAGGGACUGGACUACGUCCAUUUUGCUUUUUUUGCUGUGGGGUGGACUCAUAUACUAUGUUUCUUUUCUCGCCCCAAAUCAGACCCCGUCGCUGGAUAUGUACUUCUUGAAAAAGCUCCUGAACUUGAUAGGAGAUGAUGGCUUUAGAAUGAACGAAGUGAUUGUAUCAUUAUGGUACCUAAUGGGCUUAUGGCCCUUGGUGUAUAGCAUGAUGCUGCUUCCUACUGGAAGAAGCUCAAAAAGCAAUAUUCCUGUUUGGCCCUUCCUUGUACUUUCAUGUUUUGGUGGUGCAUAUGCUCUUCUUCCCUAUUUUGUCCUUUGGAAACCACCACCACCUCCUGUUGAAGAAAGUGAGCUUAGAACCUUGCCAUUGAAUGUUCUGGAAUCAAAAGUAACUGCUGGGAUAGCACUUGCUGCAGGGUUAGCCCUCAUUAUAUAUGCAGGUUUAGCUGGUGGGCCAGUGUGGAAAGAAUUUUAUCAGUACUUCAGGGGAAGCAAAUUUAUCCAUAUUAUGUCCAUUGAUUUUAUUCUGCUUUCUUCAUUUGCACCUUUUUGGGUUUACAAUGAUAUGACUGCUCGGAAACGGGUUGACGAAAGUUCUUGGUUUCUUCCUCUGUCGCUGGUACCAUUUCUGGGUCCUGCUUUGUACAUUUUCCUUCGGCCUUCGUUGUCAGAAACAGCCAGUCCUACGACUGAGGCAGACUAAAGUCAACUUGUUAGCAGCUUGUGUGAUUACUGCCAAUGAAAGGGAUUAGACAUUUUUCUUGCUGCAAGAAUUGAAGCUGAUUGUGAUUCUGUGAGCCUGAUUCAGAAAUGACAGUAUCAUUCUACAGAGUGUGCCGCAGAGCUCCAGCAGCUUAUACCGCCUGAUGAGAUUCAAUGCUAAUCUCUGAUCAAAUAGAAGCUUCGGGCUUGCCUGGUUUUAUUAAGUUCUUUGAGAAUCUAAUUGAUCAAGUCAAGACUCUCUCUCAUUAUCUUUUCAUCAUAGUCGAGUAUAAAACCAGAAGCAAGUCAAACGUAGAUGAAGUGAAUUUGCUUCUAUCAAAAGAACAUUCUUCACAAGCCAAAUUUUACACUUUAUCCUUAAAAUA